AUGACUCAUUCAAUCACACUGAAGUCGGAUUAUUCAUUCGCGACUAGCCCGACUCAUUCAGUCACGCCGAGGCCGAUUAUUCAUUCGGGACUCGCCUUGCUCAUUCAGUCACGUCGAGGUCGAUUAUUCAUUCGCGAUUCAUCUGGCUCAUUCAGUCACGCCGAGACUGAUUACUCAUUCGCGACUCUCCCAACUCAUUCAGUCAAGCCGAGGCCGAUUAUUAAUUCGCGACUCGCCCGACUUAUUCAUUCACACCGAGACCGACUGUUUAUUCGCGACGAGUUCGACCCAUUCACGCCGGCUCACAUGAAGGAUCGAGCUCAGAAAGAGUACAAGCCGAAUAACAAGCCGAACUCGAUGUUUCACUGGUUCUUGUAUCAGAACAAACUUCGGACGUAUCAAGUGUUCCUAGAGCAGGGUCAGCAACACGUGAUAGCAGCAGAGUUGAUGGUUGUUCCAUCGUUUGCUAUGUUGAACACUUGGACUGCAAAGAACAAGGAUACCAAAAUGAGUAAAGACACCGCAAGAGAUGCUCGGACCUUCAGGUCCAAGCGUUGCACAAGCAACAACAAGAAAAGUCUACUGUCAACUAUCAUGGACUAUAUUAUGCGGGAGCAGCAGUGGUGCAUUGAUUUGAAGCUAGCUUCUCACAAGCUUCAGAUUGAAAAGACGGUCAAGCCCGUUAUACAGAAAAGAAGAAAACUCGGUUUGGACCGACAACAAGCUCUAGAAAAAGAAAUGAUCAAGCUGCUGGACAACCAGUUCCUCCGAGAGGCUUGUUAUCCAAUAUGGGGUACACAGAUUUCGAUGAACCCAGACGAUGAGGAGCAUACAUCCUUCUACUCAGCCCGUGGUUUAUACUGCUACAACAUGAUGUCAUUCGGAAUAAAGAACGCAAGAGCGACUUAUCAGAGGCUCGUCAACAAGACAUUUUGGAAGUAUCUACAGGUCAGGUGGUUUCUUUACGAGUCGGGUUUUUUCUUGGUCCUCGGCAGAUUUUCUGUGGGGGCAAUGGCAUCCGCAAGCUCAAACGUUGAGAAUGUGAAAGUUACAAAGGGUCUGGGAGAUAUGCCCAAGGUUAUCUUGACUUCUCUUCACGGAAGUGAGGUAGAAUUGUACUUAUAUGGAGGUUGUGUCACGUCCUGGAAAGUUGGGAGUAAAGACCUCUUAUUUGUUAGGCCAGAUGCCGUUUUUACCGGGCAGAAGCCUAUCAGUGGAGGAAUACCACACUGUUUCCCACAGUUUGGGCCUGGCCCAAUGCAACAGCACGGAUUUGCAAGAAAUAUGAAUUGGUCUAUUGUUAGUUCAGAGAAUGUGGAAGAGAAUCCUUCUAUUACUCUAGAGCUGAAAGAUGGUCCAUACAGUCGUGCUAUGUGGGAUUACAGUUUUCAAGCAUUAUACAAGGUCACUCUAGAUAGAAAUUCCCUCUCGACAGAGUUAAAAGUAACAAAUACUGAUGCAACGCCAUUUUCAUUUUCUACUGCCCUGCAUACGUACUUUAGUGCAUCAGCAUCAGGGGCAUCUGUUAGAGGCCUAAAAGGCUGCAAAACAUUGAACAAAGAUCCCGAUCCUAAAAAUCCAGUGGAGGGUAAGGAGGAAAGGGAUACUGUCACAUUUCCUGGAUUUGUAGAUUGCAUCUAUCUUGAUGCUCCCAAAGAGCUACAGCUGAACAAUGGUUUGGGUGAUGUUAUUACCAUCAGGAACACCAACUGGUCGGAUACUGUUUUGUGGAAUCCACAUAUGACAAUGGAAUCAUGUUAUAAAGAUUUUGUGUGCGUUGAAAAUGCCAAGAUUGGACAGGUUCAGCUAGAGCCGACUGAAUCAUGGACUGCGGUGCAAAAUCUAAGUGUGGCCUGACCACUGAGUCUAGGACUCUUGGGCAACAAUUUAUAGAUUUUCUCUUGCCUUUUUAUUUUUUCUUCUUUUAUUGAGAGCACUUUGUUUCAAAUCUGAACAUGUACAACUUAUAUAUGUAUGACAAUAAGAAUGUCAUUACACAUUCUGAGUAUGACAUUUUCAUCCAAUUGGAGCAAAUUGUUUUAAGUCUGCUGUAAGAUAGUAGAAAUAGGGAUAUCUACAAAAAAUAGUUGGCAAAAUUAUACAGACUCGUAAUGGAACAUUUUUUUAUUUUA